GGUCGUUUCUUCGGCAUUCGUGAACUAUCCCGGCUACGGUUCGGUUCGAUCCCCUGUUUGGCUUAUUAGUUUCCCCCCGCGAGGUGCUUAGAACCCAUCACUUUUCCAGAACAUCACUCAAGAAAACUAUAUUUUCAGACAGCCAAAACCCCAGACUCAUCAAUACUUCACCGAAAAUCCAAUCAGCAUCAAUUACGUGACUAUACCGUUGAUUCCAUUGCGAUAAUCAUCGCAUCGAGGUUCAACUAAGUCCCAGACGACGACGCGACAGCUGCUGAGACGGGGUGCUGUAGGUACCAGGAGAAGGAGGAGUACCAAUCACUACCGAACAGUGCCAAGGAUUGGCAAUGAGAAUGCGUUCGAUGACCCCAGCACCCGCCACCGUGGUGCUUGCGCUCGCUGCAAGCCUGUGGCACCUGACGGUCGCCCAACAAACGCCGUACUACAUGCACCGCUGCGAACGAGAUGAUCCCCAGGUGAACGACUGUCUCCGAUUCGCUGCAAAUAAGCUGACGCACCAUUUGCGGGACGGCGGCAUUCCGGAGAUCGGUAUCGUCGACGUGGAACCCGUGGUGGUGGAUGAGAUCAGCAUUGCCCUUGGCAGUGGACCCGAUGGGUACAGAGCCACCUUCAAGAACAUCGAAGCCUUUGGAGUUAGCAACUUGACGUUCGUGAACGUUCGAUCCGACAUCGACUCGCUCCAAUUCCAAAUGACCAUCGAAAUUCCCAAGAUCAAAGCACGAGCUCAGUACAAGUCUUCCGGAGUUCUACUGCUGCUGCAGGCUUCCGGGGCCGGUGACUACUGGGGAGAAUACGAUGGCGUCAAAGCAAAAAUCUACAUCAAAGCAUCACCUUACCAAGGUGAUGACGGUUUAACCUACCUCACCGUGGACCAAACCAAGAUGGACUUUAGCGUGAAGGACAUCAAGAUGGGCGUUGAGAACGUUGCCAAUCAGAAUGCAAUCAUCCACGCUGCAAUGAACCUGUUCAUCAACACCAAUGCACAAGAGCUGCUCAAGGAGAUGAAACCACAGUUGCGAUCCAAGCUGACCGAACACUUGCACGACUUCAUGCAGCGGCUGUUCGACAGAAUACCGUUCGAGUACUGGCUCGAGUGAGGAAAGCGUCAACUUCCUCUUUGCAGUGGUUCGAAAUUCGAAAGUUUCAGUGACUGAUUCACUUUAUUCAUGUGGCAACACUGCUAUCUCGUUUCCUCUCAUCAUAAUUAGGCAUUAAGUUAGGUUUUAUUUCUGUUUAUUUAUCGCGAUCGAAUGAUCGAUUUGUGCAUUACCUAAGUAUUAUGUUUGCUAAGUAUUCAUGAACAACGCAAAACGUUUGUUUGCUUUUCCUCUUCAGUUGACAAACACUGUUCUCCUACGAUGAAAAUAUUGGGCGAAUGAUUUCAUUGCCGUAAUAAUACUGUUGAGAUAGCAAACGGAUUGUAAGUUCAUUUGGUGGAUAAUAAAUUGUGGAAUAAUACUUCCAGUCGAAUCAACUGGUUGUAAUCCUU